AUGGGCUCCAAUCCUUCAUACAGGUAGGCUGUUUCAAUUCCAAUGCACUUCUCUUUAAUGGGCCAUGAUCUCUCUCUGUCACACACAGAACAUUCUUAACAUCCUGCAAGUUAUGACAAAGAAAUCAGAAAUUCAUAGCUGUUAACAUUCAUUUCAAAAGAGAUAACCCAAGGAAGGGAGGAAGCAUCCUUUCUCUCAGCCGAUAUAUGAUAACAUGAAAAACAUCGUUCUUGGCUCUUGAACAAAUGGUUGGGUUAAACCUGAGGUAACCCUGUAACCAAAGGAGGGUGGGUCAGUCAGCUUGUGCCCUCCUUUUUGGCCCAGCUGAGGCUACAGCACAUGUACAAAGCCUUUUAUAUCUGGAGGAUUUCCCAGUACAUGGCUUAAACUACUGAAGCAGGGAGUCUAGCAAUUAUUUUAUCCCGUCAUUCCUCAGAGGAGCUCAGGGCAGCAUAUAUCUACAGCCUCUUUUUUAAUCGCAUAUCACACCUGUGAAGUGGCUUAGGCUGAGAAAUAGUGGCUGAGUUCAGGGGUCAACAAACUUUUUCGCAGGGGGCCGGUCCACUGUCCCUCAGACCUUGUGGGGGGCUGGACUAUAUUUGGGGGGGGGGAUGAACAAAUUCCUAUGCCCCACAAAUAAUCCAGAGAUGCAUUUUAAAUAAAAGGACACAUUCUACUCAUGUAAAAACACGCUGAUUCCCGGACUGUCCACGGGCCAGAUUUAGAAGGCGAUUGGGCCGGAUUCAGCCCCCAGGCCUUUGUUUUCCUACCCAUGGUUUACACACACAACAGGAGAAGCAUCCAUUGAAAAAGACAAAAAACGAAAACAAAACCAAUCUUGAAAUGCUGGAGAAAGGGUAUGUUUCACACAGUGCUUUUCUGCAUACACUUCACAGCUAUCUCUCGGCCCAUCCCUACCUCGUUUCACAUCUACACAGCUUAAUUAGUGUCAGAUUUGUUUGUCUUUGUGUACACUCCAAGGAGCAUUAUCAGAGCAGGGUGUUUUUACUCUGUGCAAAGGUGUUCACCCCUUGACUACAGCAUACCCUCCAACAUGUUGAGUUCCCCAAACCAGGAUGUGUGUCUUCCCAGCCAUGCUCCCACAUAUGUCACGUGACUGACUUGAGAUUGCUGCCCCCCCAAAAGGGCGAGAUCUCGGCAUUGAAUCGGGUAAGAUCGCAGUGCCCAAAAUGGCUGCAGUGCUUUUGCAGGGGGAAAUUGGAUGUCCUGGUUUUUCCAGGACACAUGGGGGUUAUGCUAGAGAAGAAUUAGGAAUAGCUGAAGGCAGAGGUUUUCAACCUUUUUGGGUCCAUGGCUCCCUUGUCCAACUACAUUCUUUCUGUGGCACCCCUGUGGGGCUCAGGGACCCAGUUAUGUCACCCUUUGCUUGCAGAGCCAGCAGCCCCUCACCCUUUGGGGAGUGUUCCCUCAUCCACAUCUCUUCUCCCCUCUCCUUAAGAGUCCUUUGGACAGCUGCAGCUGCUGGUCCUGAGCUGCCCCAAAGAAAGGUGCCUCCUCACACUGCCCCACAGGGGCCUGGGAAGCACCCCCUGGCCAGCCCCAGAGGCACCAUUCACCUGAGCAGCUUGAAGCCAGGCCUGCUGCAACAAACUGCUGUGCAAGCCUUUGGGAGGCAGAGACAAAAGAGGGCAUCAGAGGAAGGUAGGGAAGGAAAGAGGAACAGAGGCCAGUGUUGCCCACGGCACCCCUGACUAUCAUUCAAGGCACCCUAGGGUGCCACAGCACACUAGUCAAAAACCAGUAGUGUCAGGACUCCAAUCGGUGCAAAGCUGGUUUGAGAAACAAUGCACAGGAUCCAUAUGCAUUUUGGAUAAUGUUAUGUGAACACGGAUUAAAAACCCAGCAUUGGAAACACAGUGAGCAGGAGUGUGAACACUAGCCAAGGCGUAUCGAACUUGUUUCAACCAAUCAUCGUUAAAACAGUUCAUCCAGGUCCAGUCAAGAUGGCACGCUGCCGUUAUUUUAAAAAAAACAAGCAAAACCUUCUGGACUCUUCUGUGUGGCUGCUCUGGAGGAGGAGACUGGGCCAAGGUCACAGUGCAUUUUGUAACCAAAUGGAGUUUGAACUCAUUCAAACUCCACCAUCCGCCAUUCCACACUUGCUGCACUCCCCUCUUUUUUGUAUUUGGAUCCCAUCACACUAUUUGAAACUGAGUCCUUAUGAAAACAGGAUAAACAGGCCAAACUGGAUGUGACACUUCCAUGUCUAUUUCCUCACUUUAACCAAGAUCUCGGCAGCAUAUGAGUUAAGGGGAGUAUUGGGGACGGAACAGCUUCGCCUUUUUUACCUUUUGGCCAUUUGCCUUUUUUACCUCUUGGCCAUUUGCUCUCCAAACAGAGAUUCAGCAAACGCCUUCGGUUUUAACCUUUAAACACCCACUGAACACUUUUCUUUGCCACUUGGCUUAUGCAGGCCAUUAGGAAAAUAUUUUCCUGUAAUAACAGAUGAUCUCUGCUUGUAAAUUUUUGCAGGGUUCUCUUUGUGUAUAGUUGUUGCAAACCAUCUUGAUAUUUUUUUAAUUAUAUGGUGGUAUAUAAAUAUUUUUAUAAUAAAAUAAAAUCACCCCUGGUUGCUUUUUUUACCAGUAUAGUGGUACCUCAGGUUAAGUACUUAAUUCGUUCCAGAGGUCCAUUCUUAACCUGAAACUGUUCUUAACCUGAAGCACCACAUUAGCUAAUGGGGCCUCCUGCUGCCGCUGCGCCGCCGGAGCACGAUUUCUGUUCUCAUCCUGAAGCACUAUUUCUGGGUUAGCGGAAUCUGUAACCUGAAGCGUAUGUAACCCGAGGUACCACUGAAUGUGUUAGAUAUGAGGACUCAUCUAGUUUGGGCCUGAUUGGUUCUGUCAUCCUGUCCUACUCCAGAUUACAUAGCUGGAAAAUGUUUAACAGGAUUCCUCUAAUGCUUCUUGAGAUGUUGAAACUACAGAACAAAUAUUGACCUGCGACGCAACACCAUGUGCUCAAAGAGGAGCAAAAUAAACAUUUUAUAUAACAAUAAAAGAAGCUCAACAACAAGGGGGGGGGACACAUGAAUUCUAAGGAUUCUGAUACCUACAUUGCAGGGAGUUGGACUAGGUGACCCUCAUGGUCCCUUCCAAAUUUACAGUUCUAUGUUUCUAUGAAAUGUGAUUCACACAGAAAAGAACCGCAACAUUGUACCCCAUGGCCAUAAUCACUGGGUAUAUUUGUACCACACUUUGUUAUGUUCUUCAUGUGUCUGGAAGUCAAAAGCAAAGCCAACUUGUUGAUCUCUAUAUUAAUGUUUCUACACAUUAAAGCCUGACAACAUUACUUUCUUCACACAUCUAACAAAUCAAUUCGAAAAUAAAACCUUCUUCUUCUGUGGUGCCCUCACCCUGUAUGAGAUGUCGUCGUCAUUUUACCACAUCAGGACUCUCCUAUCACAUUGCCACCUCAUUCUUCUUCAUGGGAAUUCUGACCACAGUACUGGGGUUGAAUGUGAAAGACUCCAUUGAAAAACAUUUUCAGGGUUGUCACACAUUAAUACUCCACACUUCAUCUCAACCUCAGUGAAGGAGGGGAAACAUUCAUACCAUUGCGGACAAAGAUUAUAGAGCUGUUCACACAAAGGACCUCAUCAACAUGUUGAUGUACCUCCUAGCCAUGCCCCCUGAAUGUUGAAGCACCUGCUAGCCUGCAAAAAUAUACAGAUAUCCCCUUGUAGCAACUUCUCUGCCUGAAUAGGAACCUACCUAAUCACUUAAGUGGAGGAGCCUUCCUUUGUUCCAGACUCAGAGACAAACUCUACAAAAGAUUGUCAAUAUCACUCUUGGCUAAUGGGGAGACCAAUGUGGACUAGCAAGCUAGUAGGCUCUAAUGGUGAAGCUAAUGAAUUACAAACCAUAAAACCCUGUUGUACUAAACCAUUGUUUAAGGUGAUGCUCUCCAACAUUACAUAUGAAAAUAGGGGCAUUCUAAAUGCUUUAGAAUGAAAUGUCCCUGUUUUCAUGAGGUAUAGCGGCAAGUAAUUUUCUUAACAAUAUGGGCGCUAUGUAUUGUAUAAUGGAAAGAAGAACACACUUCUUUCCCCUCAUAUAGUCUUCCUUGUUAGCAUUUCUUGUCUUGUUGGCAUCUCCUCCUCUAGGAGCCUCAAGUUGAUCUUGCUGUGUCCCUCCUGCCUUCUUGGUCCCCCCCCCCUUUUCUUCUUCUAGGUUCUGUUUCUACAAACUAGAGAAGCAUUGUCUGGUCUGAAACCCAGGGUGGAUCAUGCGUUUGCAACAUCCCCUGCGCAGCCAGUGACCGGGAUCAAAGAUCACUGCAGCUCCAUCGGCCUCCCGUUGCAGAGUUAAGCAAGAGUGUUGUGAAAACAGCUUGACCAGCAGCGGGAAUCGAUCAAGCUCUAGUGUGGCUCAUCACCUCCCCCUAACAAUAUUGAUCUUUUGCCUGCUGGGUUUACAAAAGAACUGCUCCCCGCUCCUCCUCCCUACCCAGAGCUAUAAAACAUGUAUCCAGCCUUGCCUCUCGUACAUUGUAGGUUUGACUCUUUGGAUCUGCGCUGCUCCUUUACAGACCGACAUAUCCUCUUCAGCGGCUUUUCAACCCCACUGUCUGGUGAUUAUGGCUCUGUUAUUACUGAAAAAAGGAAGGCCCCGUCCUUCCCUGCACACAGAGGACUUUUUAAAAAAGGGUGCGGGCUUCUUAGGAUCUUGGAGGUGGUAUUUAUGAAGCUGUCUCCAGCUUCCCCCAAAGCAUCUGCCAUCCAUUCUACUGAUGUAGAAUAGAAUGUCCCUAUUUCCUGAGGAAUGUUGGGGCUGUGUGUGUGUUGGGUGCUUUCCUUUCUUCUCUGUCAUGAAUUGCAUGUUCUGUUUGUUGCUGGUGCGUAGGAGCAAGAUGGUUCACCUGAGAGGAGUCCUUGCCUGGUUGGUGCUUGUGGCCCUGGCGCUGUUGGACACCAGAUGCCAAGCACAGCGCGACUGUCGAGUGAGCAGCUUCAAAGUCCAGGAAAACUUCGACAAGUACCGAGUAGGUCUUUUCAGUCUGUUUUCCUUCUUUUAUGCUACUUGACAUGUAAGAUACUGCCUGUGUUGGCUUGUAAAUUAUCUGCACUUGAGUUCCAGUCCCUUAAAUAUAAUCAAAACAGAGUUGCUUCACUUAGAAUUAUCAUUUUAAUUAUUUUGUAAUGAUUACAGAGAAAGGAACACCAGCUCUUCAGCAAGGGAGCAAGUUGCGUAUACAGACAACAUACAUUUAAAGCAUAUUUCUAACACAUUCCACGCCCUGCCCCUGAGAAUUCAGGGCAGUGUUUUACCCCUCACAGAGCAACAGUUCAUAGCACCCUUAACAAACUAUAGAUCCCAGGAUUCUUUGGGGCAUAUGCUUUUAAUGUAUGGGGUGUACACAGCCAAGGACAGGAUGAAAUGCACCAGAGUAGGAUUCUUGUAUAAGCAAAGACUUGGGAUUAUCCUUAGAUUCUAUAGUAUUGGAUUCCUCUCCCCACCCCAAAAAAAGAAAAGAAAAAGAAAAAGGAUAAUUGAGCAGAUCAGUGUAGUGGAUUUUCUAAAAACAGCAAAGUUCAUUCUAUAAAGCUAGGUGACUACAUUUAUUAUCUCAUAUAUUAGAGAAAACAGAAAUACUAUUUUGAUUCCUGUUUCCCACAUUUCUUGAUGGGUUGCCUGACUUGUGUUUAUUUUAAAACCACAGUUGCACUAUAAAGCUGGAUGUCGCUGGUGUUAAUUUUUAGUCUGAAAUAUAACUAAGCCUAAGCACAUAUAACAACCAGAGAUACUGUUUGCCUGUUUACUUUUAGUGAAUUUCAAAAAGGGUAAUUUUGUGAAUCUCUGGCAGAAGUCUCUUUGCUGAUUUGACUGUAGCAUGUUUUAAUUUCUAGCACCCAAUAACCUGAUUUUAGCUAAUUUCAAUGGUAGUAGUAAUAGUAGUAGUAGUAGUAGUAGUAGUAGUAGUAAUGCUUUAAAAUACAUUAUAAAAUAGGGGUGGGAAUCUCAGGGAUGGGGCCCAAAUGACCCACAGGAAGAAAGGCUUUUCCUAUGGGAAAGUACAGAAUUCAGCUCUUAGAGGGCUCUAAAUGUGUGGGUCAAGUUACCCUAUGGAUUUCUACAUAGAGAUUGCAUCAUAGUAAAUAAAAGAAUUGGUUUUGGAUAUUUAUUUUACGUAUGACAGUACAAAUCACUUCUACUCCCUUAGAAUUUUCCUUAAGUUUUUUUAUCAAAACUGUUGGCUUUCCUCAGAAUUCCUUGAAUGUUUCUUCCAUCAAGUUGAAGCUGAGAAAAAUUUGCUGAGAAUUCAGACAAUUUUUCUAGCUAGCCUUACUGAAAUUCUUCAGGUGUUUCAGCUGAAAUGUCUCAAGCUGCUCCCCUUUGCUGCUAAUUUUAUUUUGGCAAAAAUUUUGGGCGGCAACCUACAUCUGGGAGAAGUCAGCAGCUGUGGCUAAAAUCGGUCAGAACCGCACAAGCCAUUUUAGCUUCCUAAGGUGGACAAAAUGGUGGCGCACCAUUUUAUGUACAGAAGCUGUGGGCUGGCAGUUGCGUUUUGCUUCCUUUAAACCUGAUGGCAGCCAGCUAGUUUUGUGAGUGCAUGCGAGGCUAUGUGGUGCACCCAGUUCCAAUCUCCAUCAGAGGAGAAUGUCUAGGGGGCUUGGGAGGAAUGGUUAAUGGUGCUGCCAGAAUAUCUGUGGCUUAGGCAAUUUCCUCCCUCUGUCUAAUGAUAUGGCCAGUUCUGAAGCCCGUUCGAGAUGCCUCUCCUUUCCUUAUACUGCAUCCCCUAAGCUCAUCCUCUAGGCACCUCUGACAAGACCUUUUCUGCUCCUACUGCAGUAUGCUGGCUUCUGGUAUGCCGUGGCCAAGAAAGACCCCGAGGGACUGUUCCUUCAGGACAAUAUUGUAGCCCAGUUCUUUGUCGAUGAGGCUGGGCAUAUGACUGCUAAAGCCCAGGGCAGAGUUGUGCUCUUCAAGUAAGUCUGUUUCUUUUUCCACUGCUUCCCCAUAGGCUCCAAAUCCCUUUCCGUGUUUUGUAAGCCCAAGCACACCCCUAAGCUCAGAUUCCCAAGGCUUAACUCUAUAUCCAUCGCUCCCUCUUUUCAGUCAGUUGGAGAUAUGCCCUGUCAUGACGGGUAUCUUCACGGAGACUGAGGAUCCUGCCAAGUUCAGAAUGAAAUAUUUUGGGAUGGCAAGCUAUCUCCAGAAGGGAAGUGAGUAUUAGUUCUUUUUAGCAUGCUGUAUAUUAUUUGUGUUGCUUGUUUUCUGCUGAUUGGUGUAACAAGUCCAAAGCUGACUAGUAAGGCUACCAUUUGCAGAAUUGUGUCAAUCUACAGUAUAUAUGAUGCUGAAGGAAAAAAAUUGGAAAGGAACAGGAACACACAAUGUUUGAUGUUGUGGGACAGUGGAUGCAUAGAGUGGCCAUGUCUCCUACUUUACAGAUGACAGUCCUCUGUGUUGAAGGGCUAUCAGAGGAUGCUGCUCUCUUUGAAGGCGUCUCCAAUGGGAGGACUACUAAGCCCAAGUCUAGCCUAAAGAUAAGGAACUAUAAAAAGUGCCAGCAGGAGCCUUGAAGUUGCCCAUCAACAGUUAGAAACACGGGGUGAGCAGCCACACAAGUUACCUGGUUUCUUCCCCACUACAGUGAGAUAUAUUGCAUUCCUGUUUAAAUUCUAGUAAUUAUGCCUAAAGUUCCAUCUGUACAAACAAGUUACCAUAUGCAAAAUUGGCGUCCUUUUUUGUAGUUAUGCAAAUCCUCUCUUUUUUGGGGCGUGCAUAACUUGCUACCCUAAGCAUGCACCAGUAACAAAAAGUACAUAUAACUAAACAUUAUUUGCUGAUAGUACAUGCAGAUGUAGAGCCAUCUGAAGACAUAUUGCAGAUUUUUCUGGUCUGUUGAGAAGGAGUGAAAUCGACCUGUUCUUGACAGCAGUGGCAAUUGUGGCCUGGCACAGCCAUGGGAGAGCCAAUCGGGGGGGGGGGGGAGGAUUCUUGCCUGCGCAGCCAGCUUACGUCACCAUUUGGUCUCAGCCAGUCGUGGGGGGCCGACAGGAUUCCCCCCUUCUUUUCUUCAACCUUCAACAAGUAUUCUACCUUUGCCCUGCCACGAAAUCAAAGCAUGCAGCUUCCUGAGGACUCAGAGUCCAAAAGGCCAUUGUCCUUAUCUAUGUCCUUAUGUGAAAUACCAACUCUCAGCAUUCCCUUUAUUGAAUGUUUUCAAAUGUUGGCUCUGCAAGAUGACCCUGUGAGGGCUUCUCCAGUUGACCUGUUUAUUAAGCAUUCGCCAUGACUUGCUUGCACAAUGGUUAUUGACUGGAUAUAAAUUAUUCUGAUUUGUGAGAGAUUUAUACAGCAGUGAGCAUUUGUCCUGUUUGCUUGUGUGGAGUUUAUAGGUCUUCUCAUUAAAUCAUUCCACACUUUUUGAUGCAUUUUCCUGUCACUUUCCAAACUGCAAAAAGCCACUUUCAGUUUUUAAAGUGGAUUGGUUGUGCUAAGGCAACAGAAUGCUUUGAUCCACUUUAAUUACACAAACAUAAUUUUCCCAGCAUGCACUUGAAACCUUUCCACAAAAUUCUUAUAGUCUGGAGGCACCUUGACAGAAGAAUCUGCUAAAACGUAGCUAUCUUUUCUGACAUUUUGACAGCUUUGAAGAUCAAGUAAAAUCCAUUUGUUUUCAAGCCCAGAUUUACCCCCAUUCAUUUUUCCCUUUUACUUUUCCAAUCUGUUUAUUAUUCUAUCCUGUCCUUCUUCCCAAAUUUGCUGAACCCAAGGGUCUGAUCCAACCCCCUGCAAUGCAGGAAUCUCAGCAAGAUCCUACACGACAGAUGGCCAUCCAACCUCUGCUUAAGAACCUCCAUGGAAGGAGAGUUCACCACCUCUCGUGGGAGUCUAUUCCACUGACAAGCAGCAAUAAAUACUUUACAUACAUGCUUUAUAUUUGCAUGCACAUUUUACAUUUUUACCUUCCUUCUUGAUUUUUCCUGAAAAGAUUCAUCUUCAUAUUGGAAAAUGGUCACACAUGUACCCCACUAUACAUUUAAAACACUCUUGUGCUACUUCAACAGUCAUGGCUUUCCCUCAAAGAAUGGCACCUGUAUUUUGUUGAGGAGCUCCCAACAAAGCUUAGCACCCUUAACAAACUACAGUUCCCAGGAUUCUUGAGAGGAAGCUGUGACUCUUAACAUAGUACAAGAGUGCUUUAAAUGUAGGGAACAGAUGUGACUACCUGUAUUAGACUUGAUUCAUAUAUUUUUAUUUAGGCAUGCACUUUAGAUGUUUAAGUGCUAUUUUGAAAACAUAAAGUAUAUUUUUAUUUAUUUGUGUAUUGUUCCUAUUUAUUGUCUAAACGGCAGUCAGACAUCUUUUCUGCCACACAUGGAAUUCUGCAUUCCAUGUAAAACAAAUCCUGGUUUAAUGCAAAAUGUUUGAAGUGCACAGUGGUGGCACAAUGGUACUGAGCUUUCUUAAUUGUUUUUAUGGCUUCUUCCAGAUGACGAUCACUGGGUAGUGGCCACAGAUUAUGACACCUAUGCUCUACACUACUCUUGCCGUCAGCUGAAUGAGGAUGGCACUUGCGCCGACAGCUACUCCUUUGUGUUUUCCCGCGAUGCCAAUGGACUACGUCCAGAAGCACAAAGAAUCGUCAGGCAAAAGCAGACAGAGCUCUGCUUAGACAGACAAUACAGGGUUAUUGUUCAUAACGGUAAGAAACAUUUCAGUAGAAUUUUACCAAAGGGUGGGUGGGCAAAAGUACUGUUGGUAAUUCCUGUGCUGCUAUGAAACCGUUUGCAUGCCCAGGCACAGUAAGCCUGAGGUCACCGGGGAGCUGGAGGAGUGUGAGAAGCAGAAAUGAAGACAUGACAACUUUGGGGGAUCAAAAUGGCCACUACCCUUAUUGUCGGCGUAGGCAUUGGGUACCCAUCUUGAACCAACCCGCCUGUUUGCUGGUUGAUUAUUCCAUCGGGGUCCUCUGGUUUGUUUUUGAGGGGGCCAGACUCCUUCAAUGUUCAGAGGGCUGCACAUGUGAUCCCAGGAGGUCAUGUUGGUCCCCCACAAUUUAAUGGAGAAGUUGGUGCCUCUGCCAGGUGAUAAGGAUCUCUCUCUCUCUCUCUCUCUCUCUCUCUCUCUCUCUCACUCACACACACACACACCCAUGACGUGGAUUUAUUCUAGGCAAUCCCUCCAGGAUGCUAUUUUGGAAGUACUAUGGCCUGUCACAUCAAUUUCCAGUUUGUACAAAAGCCUGUACACUAGAAAACAGGCUAUUUAUUCAUUAUUACAUUUGCAUUCCAACCUUUCAUCAGCAACAGUUCCCAUCACCCCUGACCUUUGGCUAUGCUUGCUGUGGCUGAUGGGAGUUUUAGUUUAGCAUCAUUUGGUGGGCAAAAGGUUCCCUGCACCUGAUCCAGAACUUGUAUUCUCUGACCCAUGAGCCAAUCUUGACACAUCAGGGGGUCCAAUCUUGACACAUUGGGGAGCUCAUUUUCCCCAAUCCAUGCCAUGGCAUGACAUGGGCUGACAGGGGGGAGGACAAGGUUUAAACUUCCAUUGGCUGUAGAAUACUGUCAAAUUGAGACUUGCUAAUUCUGAUUUGAGACCAAGGAAUAAGGGUCAUAGGUAAUAUACUUUAUUGUGGCAAGAUUUGAACUGAUACACAUGCCAGUCUAAUUUCACAAAUUAGCUCUAGUUGCAUAUUAUUAUGUUAACACCUUGCCUCUAUUUUGUUAUGUCGGCUUAGACAUUUUAACAGCUUUUCUUUUUCUUUUCCGUUUUAGGAUACUGCUCUGAGGAAAACGCUCAGUAG